UAUAAAAAGGAAAGAAAAAUUACACAAAGCACACUCCCUACACAUAUGCCCAUCGGAUUUUAAACACUUGUGACAAUAUAAAAUAUUUUCGAAAUGAGCUUACCACCUAUGUUAUUGCAACGACUAAAGUCACGAGGAUUGGUUAAUGCAAAAAAUGAACAAAAACACUUACCCGAAGCAAUAGAAGAAAUUAUCGCAGAAAAUUAUGAUGAGGAUGACAAAAACCCUCCAUCUGACUAUAAAGCCCACAACACAUCUGUUACUAAGCACCCUGCUGUUAGUGAAAAUCUGUGGCCAGACAGGAUAAAAGAACGUAUAGGGGUUACAGAAUCACAUCAUGGAUUUAAAUUUUGUCCCAACACCUAUAAUAUUUGGCACACCUGUACAUUAUACUGUGUUAACAAAUGGGCGAACGUGAGGCCAAAGCCAAAGGAAAAGUAUCUUCGUCGCUAUAAAAGAUUAAUUCGAAAAUAUCCGCUUCCUGCAGAUUGGGUUGAUGUUUAUGAUAGCGGCUGUGGCUAUUACUAUUUUUAUAAUUCCACCACUCGAAAGGUUUCCUGGUUACCACCAACGCAUCCCAAUGCACGUGUUACCAACAGUGCAGCCAUAUUCCGAAAACAAUUGGCAAAUUCCAAUGAUGAAUUUAAUUUCGACCCAAAAGAUACUCACGAAGCUGAAAUUGGUACGCCAGCUUCAUCUUUCUGUCCUUCAAAAAAACAAAAAAAGCGCGAUCUAGAACGAACUCUCUUACGAAAGCAUAGAACCUGAAAUACUUGUAAACUCAAACUAACCAAAAUAUAAAUUUAAAAAUAAAAACAGCAACUCAUUUUUAUUAUUGCGAAUCGAAGUUGA